AUGAAUAUCAAUAAACUACAUUAACAAUAAUAUCACCACUAGCAGCAGUAGAAUCAAGUAUCUCGCUAGCCUAACAAUACUUACCUACUUAACUUCAACAAGCAAAAAGAACUAAGUACACACUCAUCUAAAGAUUAGAUUUAAAACAAGAACAACAAAAGUCUAUCUUCUUUACUAGAGUUGGAUGAUAAUUAUCUAGGUACAAGUUAAUACAAAGAUCGCAAGAGCAACCCAAUCAGCUCUAAUUACAGUUUCAACUAGAGUAGUUCAUAUAGCGGACAAGCCUAGGUUAAUUCUCUGGCUAAGUUGCAUCUAAAGAGAAAGAUCGUGGGAGUGACAGAUCUUCAGAGAGACUAACGCGAACUAGACAGCUUCUUGUACAACUAUUCAAAUAAUAACAGUACUAUUACAGCAGCUGUGAAAUCUAGAAAUAUUAAUGGAUCCAUUGCUCUUCCCUAGAGUCAGUCAGUUGAUAACAGAUUGCAGUAGUAGGCGAGUGUCAUGAGCAACUAGAUUGAUAUGAUUGCUGGGGGAGGAGCCAGUAUUUUGAAUAGCAAUAACAGGUCCACUCUCAAUACUAAUCUUCACACAAAUGAUAACUCCUACAUGAACACUAUUCAUCAGUCUGGCUUUUAGAAUUAAAAGUCUCUGGGAUCAGGCAACUAAAUCAUGAAAUAAGGAACUGCCAUAAUCACCACUCGCUAAGAUUUUAAUGCAGGCGCUAAUGUAACAGUGAGUAUCCCCACCAUUUUGAACAGAUCUUCUAUUAUUGAGGAAACACCUGGUUCCCGGUAAAAAAGACGAAACAUUGACUAAGCAAGAGCACAGACUUCUUGCAAUACUAUAAAAAAUAGAAAUAGCAAGAUUUAAAAGAAAAACAUGGAUUAAUGCUACAACACUGCCAAAUCAUUUACAUAUGAGAACAGAUAUAAGUACAAUAGAUCUCAGAUGGAAUCCCAGAGUAAUAGAGUACUCUAAAGCAACAGUCACUCUAAGAACGCUCGUUUGAGAUUUCUUAUGGAGGAAAACGUUAUAUUCAGAGAUGAAAGUGAUGCCAAAAUAGAUCAGGUCAUUUAAAAUGCCAUUAGAUUAGAAGGAAUUUAAGAAUCUAAGGAGUACAUUAAAUUGCGCAAAGUUAUAGAGAAACUAGACAGUAAAUUCUUUGGCUAGCAUACCAAAUUUGAGUUGAGGUUUAACCUGGAUCUUGUAUUUAGUGGAGAUAAGGACAUAUAGACCUACGAUAAAAGCCCCACUGUGGUGGCUCUGAGCUCUGACGAUGAUCAAGCAACGAACUUCAAGUCAAAUAUCAACAAGAAAUAAUUUAAGAUUGAGGACCAGUCUAAUAAUUUGAAUGAUAAGAAUGCAGUUUUCCCUAAUGAUUAUGAUGAUAAUAUAUAGCUAAGAUAGUAGCUAUAAGAGAGGCAGUCUAUUGCCACAACAGCCAAUAAGAAAAAUAUAAAGAAAUAGUUCUAUAAUUGCGAUAACAUGCUUUUGAUUAUUGAUCUUAUUGAUAAAGUGCAUAAAGACAUGAAUAGUGAAAAAUUUGACUACUAAGCUUAUGAGAUACAAAAGCUAUUUCGCGUGAUACUGAGAUAGAUAAACAACCCUUAAAUCAAUCAGUUGCUGCAUGCUAUAUCUGUAUGGAUGAUGUUGUGGAUUGAUUCAAUAGAUAAGCAAUGCCAAAAGUAAAUAAAAGUCAUUAAGGAAUAGUCUCAAGACAAUACUUACGCUCUGACUGAAGAGAUGAAGAAGAAAUGGAAAGAUCUGGAAAAUGCUAUAUAGAUGGAAGUUGUAAGGAAAGACCAGGAGAUUGAAAGGCUCAAAUUAUCUCUAGAAAGACUUAAGAAAGACAAGGAAAAUGUGGAGGAUGCACUUCGACACAGAGAUAGUGAGCUCUAGAUGCUUAAUAAAAACCCUGACUAUGACAGUAAUCAUAUAUAGAUGAUUUUAAUAAUGAAUUUAGUGUUGAAAGGAAUGCUUGAGGAGCUAUCAGGCUAUUUAGAUGAAUGCGACGAGCGGACAAUGGAAUUGAAUCCUCAAAUAGAUUCCAUCAGGAACAUCGCUUUGCUGAUGCAAUAAUUAGAGAUUUAGAAAUAGUAGGAAGAUCUUUAGAAAGCAAAAGAAGUGAAGAUGAUAAACAUAAAGAGGAAAAAGAAGAUAGAAAAAGCAGUCGAUACUUCUAAUCCGCCCUCAGCAUAGCCACAAUAGUCUAAUCAAGAGCAGCCAGUCAAGGAAACAGUUGUGAUUAGAAUUUAGAAAGUUUUCGAAAGAGCACCUACUGCCGAUGUAGUAAUGAAACAUCAGCAAAUAUAAGUGGAACAGCCGAUACAGAAAUCUUAUACCAAUAAAAAUGAAAAAAGCCCGAAGAAAAAAGUUCACUAUACUUGUUCUAAAUGUGGAUAAAACAGUGAUAAUGAAGGAGGCUAUGGAUUUAAUGACUCAUUUACUAUGUUUCCUAGAUCUCCUCUUAAAGGCAGAGCAAUUAUUGAGCAGGGUGUUUAAACACAGCUAAGUUUAAUAAGAGAACCUUUGGCUUCGAUGGCUGAUCAGAUACUAAACACUUAAUCGAGAAGAAACACCAUAGUAAACAAUCGCAAAGUUGUUAUCAUACCUAAUAACGUUCUUGAAGCAUAAGCCAAAUAAGGCACUUAGAAUCUCUAGAAAGGGUUGAAUAUGAGCUACAUGACUAAUGGAAAUGCAUUUACUUAGUCUAUUGGAGUUGGAAUGGGCUCUAGUUUAACUAUUGCUAAUAUCUAAGAAAGAGGUAAUUUGGCAAGUAAGACAAAGCUAGGAGAUCCUACUGUGCUAAGACUUGUGGAAAAUGCUAUGGAGGAGAUGGUAAGGUUUGAAAUGAAUGAGUAGUCUCAAUACUAAUCUUCAACCACAGUCAAAAAGAUAUUUGAAUUCAAGGAAUACCUAUUUGACUUUCUACUUACUCAGUAUGGACUCAGAAAUAUUGCAUAGAAGAAUUAUGAGCAAAUCCUCUAAAGAAUCUAUUAGUAUGCUGAACAGGAUAAUUAGUAUGCAAUAAUCAUGCUAAAUGCACUUGGCAAUCCCUACCCGAUGAGUCAAAAACUUUGGUCUAUUAACAAACAGCAUGUAGCUAUAUUCUCAAAGAUAAUCUACUCUGAUUCCUAAAACCUAACGAAAUCAUCAAACUACAGAGGAGAUGUUUCACCUACUAGAAGAGUGUCAAGAAUAGAUAUCAGCGCUGUAGGUGAUGCUUUUAAUCAUGGAGGGCAAGUUAACAUAUUUGACUUGAUGGAUUUGAUGUCCAAGUUUGCUCAUGAAAAUAGUUUACUCAUUAAAAUGAUUCAAAGGCUAAGACCUGGCCAUCUGAUAGAUGAUGAUGUAUCUUCUAUAGAUUCUGAAUUCGAAAAUGAGAAGCAGUUCUUAGAGCUAGCAUAGAUGAAGAUCACCGCUAAGUUAGCUAAGUUUGGCUUUGACAAUAAGUAUUUCAUGGAGACUCUAGAUUUUAAGCACAAGGGCAAGAUGAAGUUCGGUAAGUUAAUGCAGGCUUUUGUCGAUAGAUUUUCCUUGUUUCUUUCUAAUGCUGAGUAGAUUGCACUGCGCAGGUACUUGCUUGCAAAUAAUCAGAUCAAAGAAUCUACUGGCAAUGUCAAUAAACUUAAAUGCAGCUUUAACAAUAACAGUAAUGCAAUUAGUAUUGAAUAUGUAUUGCUAAAAGAAGGUUCAAGGUCGCUUGCUAGUAUAUUGCUGACAUCAAAUGAAUUCUACUCCAAGAUCAAAACCUACUACAUUUCAAAGUCUCAGUUCAUUUAGUUUGUGCUAGAUGAAUAUGACUUCUACAUGGAAUAGUUAACUAGUGACAUAGUAAAUCUAUUCAAGAAAUACGAUAACUUUUAUAAGCGUGGAGGGAUUAACUUGCUCUAGUUCUCGCAUUUGAUUAAAGAUGAUUUAGGCUUAGUUGGAGUCGGCAACAUGAAUAAUUUAAUUGAUGAUUCCAAGUAAAUUGAGAAGUUAUUCAAAGAUGCCUUGGAAUUUUUAGAGGAUAAUGAUUACUUGAAAAAUGAUAAAUUGCUUGGAUUGCAAGCAGUCAAGGAGAUUAUUUCUGAGAGGAAUUUGGAGUCUCUGCCAUUCUACAUAUACAUGAAGAGCAAAUUCAAUAAUGGCAAGCAGCUUAAAAAGAUGACGUCCUUUGCAUCGAAUCAACUUUAGAUAUAAGGCAGUGAGUCUUCAAGUCCUCUAAAUAGAAGUGCCUCACCCAUGCGAAGAAAUACUCUUAGACUUAAGAGACUUUGA